AUGCCUCAUUUCCGAGAAUCAUCUUCGAGCUCCUCGACCACAGGCAUCGAUUUAGACCCACAUAAUUCCCGUCAACGCAUCGUGAGCGACGAUGAAUAUGCGGCUCUUUCGCCAGACGAGCCGCCAUUGAGCGAGCAGCUUGAACCUAUCGCAGUUUUGAUGAUGGAGAAGAGGAGCGGCCAGACACCCAAGGUUCCCGCGUCCAGAUUCAAUAUUGAUGCACACUUCCAUCCGAAUAAUGAUCGUCCUGGCAGCUUUGGCGUGCUUGGCGGUUAUUUUCUCAACGAGACAUUGCAAGAAUUCGAUCCAGGGUUCUUCGGUAUCACGCCGGUUGAAGCUACAUGGAUGGUUGAAGAUCCGCAACAGCGAAAGCUCCUCGAGGUCGUCUAUGAAGCUUUCGAGUCAGCCGGGUUGACUCUCGACCAGCUCUCUGGAUCUGACACGGCCUGCUUCAUGGCCACCUUCACUGCAGACUUCCAGCAGAUGUCCUUCAAGGAGCCUUCUUUCCGCCAUAGCUUGGCAGCUACUGGUGUCGACCCUGGUCUUCUCAGUAACCGAGUUAGCCACGUCUUCAACCUCCGAGGCCCCAGUAUUGUUGUAAACACUGCGUGUUCUUCUUCUGUCUACGCUCUGCACAACGCCUGCAGCGCACUCCGAACCCAUGAAUGUUCAGCCGCAGUCGUUGGCGGCAGUAACCUCAUCUUGACCGUGGACCAACACAUGAACACAGCCAAAUUGGGCGUUCUGUCACCAACAUCGACUUGUCACACUUUCAAUAGCUACGCCAACGGCUACGGACGUGCUGAGGGUGUCGGCGCUAUCUACCUCAAGCGUCUGAGCGAUGCUGUGAGGGAUGGUGAUCCCAUCCGUGGAGUCAUACGUUCAAGCGCAACUAACAACAAUGGAAAGGCACCUGGUGUAGGAAUUACAUAUCCUGGCUUCGAUGGACAGAGAAACGUCAUGAGGCACGCCUAUGAGCGCAGCGGACUCGACCCCAUGCUUACUGGGUAUUUCGAAUGCCACGGAACAGGAACAGCCAUAGGCGAUCCACUCGAAGUCCACGCAGUAUCUGACAUUAUGAACAGUACAAGGACAGAGGCAGAUGGGCCACUGAAUAUUGGGGCUGUCAAAACGAACAUUGGGCAUUCUGAAGCGGCAAGUGGGCUGUCUGCAAUCAUCAAGGCCAUCUUGAUGGUGGAGAGAGGCAUCAUCCCGCCAACUUAUGGUGUCACUGCUUUGAACCCCAAGAUUGACUGGAAGGGAUGGAAGGUCCAUGUGCCUAUAGAGCCAACUCCUAUGCCUCGACACUUGCCAGUCAUGCGAGUGAGUGUCAACUCUUUCGGGUACGGUGGCACAAAUGCUCACACGAUCGUCGAAAGCCCCAAAUCUCUGCUCAGUAUGCCCCAGCAUUACAAGUAUUCGAUGCACGGGCAUAGCAUGAAGACCAAGUUGGCACGCGGAGCAGUCAAUCGCAGCCGGCCAUAUUUGCUAGUGUUUUCAGCCCACGACACUGGAGCUCUGAAGCGCAAUGCCAUGGCGCAUGGCAAGGUUGCUGCCAAGUACAGUCUGUUGGACAUGUCUUUCACUCUCGCCAACCACCGUACGCGAUUCCAGAGCAAGGGCUUCGCAAUUACGACACCUAGCACAUUGCAAAGUACCUUUACCGACGAUAUGCCUGGCUUCAUAGUCGGAAAAAAGAAUGAGACAGCACGUACGCUUGGCUUCAUUUUUACCGGCCAAGGAGCGCAAUGGGCAGGUAUGGGUGCCCAGCUUAUGGCGCUCUACCCAACUUUCCUCAAGGCAAUUCGUCGCAUGGACUUGAUACUCGAGGACCUGGAAGAAGCCCCUUCCUGGACACUAGAGGAGUGUCUACUCGAGAACGCCGCUACUUCUCGUGUAGGAGAGGCUGAGUUCUCGCAGCCUCUUUGCACCGCUGUUCAAGUCGCUCUGGUACAGCUACUUAAGGUCUGGGGUAUUAACCCAUCAGUGACUAUAGGUCACUCUUCUGGCGAGAUCGCCGCAGCAUUUACAGCUGGAUACAUCUCAGAGGCUGAAGCCAUCCUAGCAGCCUACUACCGUGGCCAAGCUGUCAAGUACAUCGAAUCAGCAGGUGCUAUGAUGGCUGUUGGUCUUGGUGCUGGAGCCAUUGCACCAUAUCUUGAAGCCCACAAGCCUGGGGUUGUCAUCGCAUGCCACAACUCGCCAGAUGGUGUCACCCUGAGUGGCGAUGUUGAGGCGCUGAAGGUGCUGGAGGCUGAUCUCAAAGCCGAGGGAACCUUUGCCCGUAUUCUGCAUACAAACGGAAAGGCAUACCACUCGCACCACAUGCUCUCAGCAGUGGACAGGUACGAAGCCUCCCUACGAGACUCUAAUGAGGACGGACUUCCAAGAGUCAUGUUUGAUAAGACUAAGAUGGUCUCAUCUGUGACAAAUGCGUUCCUCGAUGAGAAUACUGUACUGGACGAAAAGUACUGGAGUGCCAACCUCACCAGCCCCGUACUCUUCAACCAAGCCGUGCAGACUGCUCUCGCGGGUAAGGAUAUGGCAAUCGACACAGUGAUCGAGAUCGGUCCUCACUCUGCUCUAUCGGGACCUAUAAGGCAAAUCAAGGCCCAUCUGAGCGCUGACAAAGUUCAGUAUCUACCAACUCUCAUCCGGGGUGCCAGGUGCGCCGAGCAGGUGCUCAAGCUCGCUGGUGAGCUGUUCCUUCGCGACUAUCCCAUCGAUCUGCAACGCAUCACUGCGAUUGAGGAACUCUCUCCGUCUGGAAAGAUUACCUCUCGGAGAGGCCAUCUCAUUGUCGAUCUGCCCCCUUAUCAAUGGGACAAAGCCAAGAAGUUCUGGGCUGAGUCUCGCGAAAGUAAGGAGCAUCGCUCACCACGGUUCCCACGCCAUGACAUCCUUGGCCAGCUUACUAUCGGCGGCUCCUUGAAAGAGCCUACAUGGAGGAAUGUUUUGCGUCUCAAGGACCUCCCCUGGCUUCGCGACCAUUCUUUGGGUGGAGAAGCAGUCUUCCCAGCUGCCGGUUAUCUCUCUAUGGCUAUGGAAGCCAUCACGCAGCUCAAUGAAAUGUCAGAAGCCCCGCUUGAGAUCGACUCGUACAUCUUUCGGGAUGUCAGUAUCCAGCAAGCCCUCGUCACUCCAGACGAUGACGACGGUAUCGAGACACUGUUUAACAUCAGGCCUUCGAGGCUCAGCACAGACGAGACCAUGAGAUGGUGGGAUUUCAACACCUCAUCGGUAUCUACUGAAGGGCACGUCAAGAACCACAUGACUGGAAGGAUCCGCAUAAAUACGAUCAAGCGUCGAGCUCUCGCCAAGACUAUUCCUAAUCUUCCUCAGCGCGCCUCUGGAAAGCUUUGGAAUCAGGCCUUGAAAAAUGUUGGCUUCAACUAUGGGCCUACAUUCCAAGACAUGGACAACAUCAAGUUUGAUGGCACGUCAUAUUGUGCUCAGGCGACGACCAACAUCAAGACGUCUGUUAUGAAGGAUGAGUCUCGUCACGUACUUCAUCCAGCCAUCCUAGAUUCCUGCCUUCAGCUCAUGAUCGUUGCUAUCUGGGCUGGUCGAGCCAGCGCCAUGAGGUUCGGAGCUGUUCCCAUUACCGCUGAAGAGAUCAUUGUUUGGAAGCCAACGCAAGCUCAGCUACAGGGAAGUUCCAAUGCGAAGGCCUUCUCCUGGAUCGAUCCCCGUGGCCAGAGAACAUUCAAUGCCCACAAUCAGCUGUUGGCAAAUGAUGGCCAGAUCCUGAUGCAGAUCAAUAGUAUGCAGUGCACUGCUUACGAGGCUGCUAUACCGCAGAGUUUGGAAGCUGUCACUCGUCCACAGCCGUAUAGUCAGAUUAUCUCAAGACCGGACUUCUCACUUCUUAGAGGCCACCAGAACCACCUAUCACUUACCGACUUUAUUGAACUCGCCCGGUUCAAGAAACCGUUAUUGAAGGUGUUGGUCUCGGAUCCGACAAUUGCUACAGCUCUCCUGGCAAGAUUUCCUGAGCUUUACCUUACAGUAGCUACAGAUCCUUCUCAUACCUCUGAUGUCACUGCAGAGCUGAGCAGUUUCACAAACAUAUCCGUAGAGCCCUUGGCACUGGCGGCUGAUUUGACGACACGGACUCGGGAGAAGCUCAAGUGCUCUUUUGAUAUCAUCGCUGCCCCUUUCAUGUCUCUCCAUGAGCUUCAGAAUAUCUCCGAACUUCUCUCAGAAGACGGCUGCGCCGUGCUUGGAGGAGAUGAGUCUGCUCUGACAGAGAAGAGAUUGAGAGACGCGGGGUUCUCUGAAUUUGAUACAUUCUUGGGAGAAUCCUUAUUCGUCACUCGUAUCGAGAGGACUAGCAGCCCUACAGCAGCACCCAUAUGGUUACUAUAUCAAAAUGAUCUUCCGAGCUGUCUGUAUGAUUUGGAGCAGUGCCUCGAAAAGGCGGGCCUCAAAACAGAGCGCUUGAGGCUAGGUAAUGCCUGCCCAGUUGGAGCCAAUGUGAUAGCCUUUAUAGAUCUUGAGGGCCCCCUUAUGGCUAGGAUGUCAGAAGACGAGUUCUUACACAUACAGAAGGUAUUGAGCGAUGCUUCCAAAGUGUUAUGGCUGUCAUGCAGCGACAAAUCGGAGGAUGUGGCGCGUCCCGAGUAUGCCAUGACUGCAGGACUCCUGCGAUCCCUUCGUUCUGAACGAGCUUCGCUUAAAGCAACACUUGUGGACUUUUCCAUUGAUGACCUUGCCUCUGAUAUACUCAGUACAAGAAUAUCACGUCUUGCAUCAGUAUUCUUCGCUGGUGAGGGAGAACUAGAGACGGAGUACAUUUCCCAGAACGGCCAACUCCUGAUCAACCGACUUGUUCCAUUCGACAGGAUCAACGAUAGAUACACCCUCACUGACAACGAUACCCAGUCUGACCCCUUCGACCCAGAAGCCAGACUGGACGGUAUAAUCGACUCUGGAAAAGUUGUAUUCUCUCACUGUAACGCUGACGAGGUGGCAUUGCAACCUACCGAGGUCGAGUUCAGAGUGGAAACAACGGGCCUUACCGAUGAAGACAAAGUCGUUAUAUUGGGAUCCUCUCCCGGCCCUGACUUCAGCCAUGAGGCUUCUGGCGUCGUGAUACGGACCGGGGAUGCCGUUACGAGGGUGUCGCCAGGCGACCGCAUGGUGGCCUUUAGUGCAGGAAAGGUGUCAAACUUUAAGCGAGUCCCGGAGUGUCUUGUGCAGAAGCUCAACAACUCUGAGGAUCAUCAGGCUACCGCAGGUCUCCCAAUGUACUAUGGUCCUGCUCUCUACGGUCUCGAGACACUUGCCAAGGUGGAGCCGAAGGAGUCUGUUCUUGUACUUCCCGGCUCAGGAGUCCUUGGAGGGGCCGCGAUCCGAGUCACGAAAGCACUUGGGGGCCGGGUUUACGUCGCAGUCGGGAACGAUACCGAGGCUGAAGAGUUACAAAGUUCUUUUGACCUUUCUAGAGACCAGAUAUUGGUUGACUAUACUCCCGAGAUUCUCCAUGAAUACGAAAUCGAUGUUGUGUUCUCGGGCAGUUCAGUUGAGCCCGGAAUAUCACAAGAGUCGUGGAGAAAUAUGCCGGCCUUGUCACGAUUUGUGAACUGUGGCAAGAUGCCUUCAGGCUCGUCCUUGGACUCUGCGCCUGCCUCUCGCGGAGCAAGCUACCUAUCAGUCAACUUCAUUGGCCUCUUCAAGCGUCCUCAGGUCCUUGGCCGACUUCUCGAGCGUACAAUGGCACUCUUUAGAGAUGGUUCACUCCCUGUCCCACCUUUGACAAUUAGCAGUAUUGCGGACAUCAACAGCUCACUCAUCCUCUCCUCUUCUCUGAACAGCAGCGAAACCAUCAUAACUCAUACAAAAGGUAGCACUGUAGGCGUUACCCGCACCCCCCCACGUCUUGAGUUGCAAGCAGAUGCUACUUACCUACUUGUGGGUUGUCUCGGUGGCCUCGGGCGUAGCCUAACCACGUGGAUGAUGAAGCGAGGAGCGCGGAACUUCGCGUUUUUAUCUCGUUCGGGAAGGGAUUCGAAGCAAGCUGACCUUUGCGUCCGGGAUCUGGAAGCUCGAGGUGCCCGGGUGCAGGUCUUUAGAGGCGAUGCGGCUAUCAAGGAAGAUGUUGAGAAAGCUGUAGCCUCGAUAUCAUCAGAUAAGCCUCUACGGGGUAUUGUGAAUGCUGCCAUGGUCUUGCGGGACGGCCUAUUCCAGAAUAUGAGCUACCAAAGCUGGACAACAUCCGUUCAGCCAAAGGUCCUCGGUAGUAAGAACCUACACGAGGCAACAGCUGAACUACCUCUGGACUUCUUUCUCAUGACGAGUUCUGUGUCCGGCAUUCUCGGAACUCCCGCUCAGGGUAACUAUGCGGCUGCAAACUCGUACAUGGAUGCGCUUGCUCGCCUGCGCCGCUCCCAGGGCAAACCUGCAUGUGCAAUCAUUCUCCCCAUGGUUCUUGGCGUGGGAGUAGUUGCCGAAAACCUGGACCUCGAGAAUUCGCUCACCCGUAAGGGCAUGUAUGGUAUUGACGAGGAGGCUCUCCUGGACGCUUUCGAGGUGUCAAUGUUGGAGCAACAGGGUCACCAAGAUCACAGCGUUAACUUUGACCAUCUCGUCGUCGGCCUUGACCCUGCAGAGCUCCACAGAGCAAGCAAGCAGGCUAAGGGUGAUGUUGAUGCUUUCUGGGCCGCGGACCACCGUUUUUCUAUCCUCCUUGAUGCUAUGAAUCGACUAGACGGUGCGAAUCACGUUGAUGGAGAAGCAGGCUCGAUUCUCUCCCGGGUUAAGGCUGCCGAGUCACCCACGCAAGCUAUUUCUCUAGUGCGUGACCAUUUUGUUUCCAAGCUGGCCAGGGUGCUUCUUCUUGAUGCGGAGGAAUUUAGCGACGAAAGCUCUGGAAGGUCAAUCGCGAGUUACGGUAUUGAUAGCAUGAUUGGUGCCGAACUACGAAACUGGAUCUUCAAGGAGUUGGGGCUGGAUAUCGCUUUCCAGCAACUUCUGAGUCCAUCUUUGACUAUCCCCAAGUUUGCCGAGCUUAUUUGUGUGUCUCAAGGUAUUGUUAUAGAUGCUGAAUAG